GUCAAAUUCUCUUCACAACAAGAGGCCCAAUCCGCGAUUCUCGCUCUGCAUGGAAGUCAAACAAUGCCCGGUGCCUCAUCCAGCAUCGUGGUCAAAUUCGCGGAUAGCGAGAAGGAGAGGCAUACAAGAAAAAUCCAACAGCUCAUUGGUCCAAUGGGAUUGUUCAGCCCAACUUUGGCCUUGUCGCAUUUGAGUGGAAACGUAUACACCCAGAUGCUGGAGAGCAUGGCACAAACCACCGGUUACAUCAAUCCAAUGGCUGCUUUGGCUCUACAGUUACAACAAGCGAGUCAGUUGGCCACCGCAAGCAUUCCGAACAACGCUGCCACUAAUUUGGCUCUCAUAGCCUCAAUGGGGGCCGGUGCUGGUGUCGCUGGACCCCUCACAUCGCUGCUUCAAGCUACACGCCCACAUCCUCUGGUGAACGCCAACACGAAUGCUUCGCUGAACACCGGCUGUCACCCGAUGGCCGCAGCCUUGGGAGUGACGGCAACGCAGCACUUGACCAACCUACCUCCUCAAAUGGCAUCGUUGUCCAGCUCAAAUGUGGCAUGUUCGAAUGAAGGGGCAACCAAUGUUUCAGUUAGCGGAAUGGAUGCCGCCACCAUGGCCGCAGCUGCAGCCGCGGUGGCAAUGGCAACGGGUGGAACAGGUACUAAUUCUUGUAAUACCUGUGUCUCGAACGGAUUAACUACUCAGGCGAUCGGAUUGGGCAGUUCUCCUGCAGGGUCACAGGGGUUGACUUUGCAUAGUGUUCCCGGUACACAUGUGUCAAACGCCACACUGACUGGCCUGAUGGCGGCUUCCUUACCCCUGGCUCAAACUGCUUUCCCAAAUGCCAGUUUCGGUUUAAACUCCCUCGCUUCCCAUAUACCCGGUCUACACACAGAUCCGAUAUCUCACUUUUACUCCAGUGUUCCAACCUACGGAUUGGCCUACCCAUCCGCUGCCGCGCAACAGCCUACCCUCAAUCCCUACGCCACACUGGCCCAACACGCCCUAAGCAUGCCGGUUCAGCAGAAGGAAGGCACGAAGGAUUUGAUACUGACGGGUAAUUUCAGCUGUUUGGUUGAAAUCGUUUCCUAUGCAUUAGCUGUAGCUGGUAACGCCAAUAUUGUAAUGAUGACAAAUUCGCCCGUAGGUGCAUCAGUUUCAAGCAGCUACAGAGAAAUGCUCCGUUCCCUCGCAUUGGGUUACAAGUGA